AACACAUUUGGAUUUCACAACACAUUAUGCAUUCAUUUGAUUGUCUCAUACAUUACACAAUGUUUUAUGGUUUACAAAGUUUUUUAAAUUAAAAAAUAUAUUUAAUUUUUCGCUUCAAUUAUGUAUUUAACUGUCAUUUCAAUGUGUAGUGUAUUAGAUAUGCGUUAAAAACAGUUUUGACCACAAUUUUGGACACUAUUUUUUUGGUGUCUAACAAAAGAUCUGAAAACCGAUGUCAAGACAUAGCCAUAAGAAACAACUUUUAAAUCUCAAGACUUGAAUAAUAUUAAUAGAAAUCUCUGCAAAAACUGAGCAAAACUUUCAAACAAAUCAACACUUAAUAUAAAUUAAUAUAAUUACGAGUCUAUCGGAUGUCAGGGCUGUCCCCACCAUAGCACCCGGGUAUACGUGAAGAGGACAGGCGUUACAGUCGGUGACAGUACCGGGAAAAUGGAGCUAAAGGUGUGGUGCGAUGGCAUACAGCGGGUGGUGUGCGGUGUGUCAGCCCAGACCACGUGCCAGGAGGUGGUGUUCGCCUUAGCCCACGCCACCGGACAAACGGGUCGUUUCAUACUGAUUGAGAAGUUCAGGAACCAGUCCGAGAGACUACUGGCCCCUAAUGAGCACCCGUUGCUCGUACUGACCCAUUGGGGCGAAUACGCACAGGACGUACAGUUUGUGAUGAAGCGCAGCGAAGGUAUCGCCGCCAAAGUGCACCAAAACUUGGCUACUAGUCCGCCGCAAGUACCCGGCUCAGUGUCGCAGGUCAUGCAUACGAGUGUGAAUACAUCUGGCUCGGCACUGGUGGGCAGUGGCGCCGGUAGUCCUAACAGAAGAGAUUUGUUUAAUAAUUCCGUUAAUAGAAAGUCCGGGAAUUUUCGACCAAAUUCUGAUAAGACAUCUUCGACAUCGCCAUCAAUGGCUAAACAGGUGUCAUCUCAAGCGGCACCGAUAGCCAAGAAUGGCAACAUUAACAGCACCACCACUCCCAUCGCCCACCAGCCCAUUGCGCAUAUUAGCGCACCGGCACUGACACACAAUCAGUCGACUACCAGUCCUGUGAAACAACAGCAACACUCGACGCCAACCAUUAAUAACACGACAAACACUAACUCAAUCUCUAGUCAUAACCUAAACACUACUAAUAGUAAUAGUAAUCAUAAUCUGAACACAAAUGUCAUUCAUAUGAAUAACAUGAAUAUGAAUACAAAUAUCAAUCAUAACAACAAUAAUAACAUUACAAACAACGAUAUGUUGACCGAAACGCAGCAAACAAAUCACCAAAAGUUGAUUAAAAACAACAAUAAUAUUAAUAACAGUAUUAACAAUAACAACGGCGACUCUAUGCCGAGCCCCAAGUCGAAGGGCACCCAUAGGCCCAGACACCCGCCCCCGUACAGCGAGGCUAUCAAUAAGUCGGCGUUGAUCACGAACACCGGCACCGGUAGCACAGCCACCACCACCGCCAACACUAGUCACGGGUUAGAGUACGACUACUCGUCUUCGUCGGACGAUCGACAACAGCCCCCACCAACUGCCUCAUCCCCUGUCCACUCCGGCACCGGUAGUAACAAUAAGCGCCGUUCCAUAGAGCCCUCACCACAGACGCAGACUAAACAGAAGACUGGAGGUGUGGGUGGAAAUGGUGGUACGGGAACUGGUAGUCAAAAAGAGCUGCUUCUGCACAGGGAUGCCAUAAGACUGGUCGACAUGCAAAAGGAGACGAUGAGAGCCCAGGAAAAGGAGAUGUCAGCCGUCGAGCGAGAGAUCGGUUCCAUCGAGAAGAAGCUGUUGGACAACGAGCUGCUCAUCAAUGGCUACAAAGAGGAAAUGGAUUGUCUUCAUCAGCAUUGGAUGGAACAGGAGGUGCUGGUCGACCAGUUCGAUGGGCCGUCGCUGGAGCUCGAGUUGGAUGAGCUGGUGAUGAAGGCGCAGACCUAUGAGGAGGAAGUGGUGACUGUGAAGCAGAAGUUGAGUGCCUGUGAGGCACAGAUAGGCGACUGUCGGCAACAGAUCACGAGAUUAAUGGAUGAGUUGGAGGACAGGGAGAGGCAACAGAAGGCCGACAAUGAGGUGAUGGCGAAGGAGGAGACCGAUAGGUUGGCCGACCAGUUGAUGGUAGCGCUCAGGGAUAGGAAGGAUGAUUUCGAGUCACAG